GGCCCUGCAACGAGGCAGGUGCUAUGCACAGACACUUGCAGGAUUAGGGGGGAAAAAUAGAAACCAAAUCUAAUCAUAAUCCAACAUGGAUUAUAUAAUUUUUUUGAUGAACUAACAUCAUGUGCAGGUUUUUUCUUCAGUCAGAUGUAAGACUCGGACAAGCAAAGUGUAAUGGGUGAAAAAAAGUUUUAUUUUCAAAUUUAGAAGGGUAAUUCUGCACCCAAACAAAAAGCCAGAGGCUGCCAUUGAUAAACAUAGUACUAAACAUAGUAUGUUAGCACGUGUUAUACAACAAACCAAUAUAACAUUGUAUCGCUCAAUAUAUUUUUUACAUGAUCAAAAAAAUCUGAAUACAGUAUGUUAUCAUACAUGACUCAUUAGAAUGUAUGUAGGCUACUGUAUAAGGUUAUUCUUAUAUAGCAUGUAUUCACUUAUGUAGCAUUAUUAAAUACAAAGUAGUGUUAUUCCCACAUGUCAGAAGAGGCAGAGUAUUCCAUGUACCGUAUGACAACCUAUGCUCAGUUACAUUGAUAUGUAUGUUAAUAUACAGAACAUUCAGUACUUAGACACACGUGCAAAAUCUAAUACAACAGGUUAGUCGUAAAUUCUACCUAUAGAUAAUAAUGUUCACUUUUUCAUGACACUGUCAGACAUAUUAAUUCAAUGUUUUUUAUUGAGGUUGUGGUUGGCAGUGGUAUUGCACUGGAAAGCAUUACACUGAGAGAUGUUACUGAUGUUUUGCCCACCCCAUUUACAUACAUGAGUGGGGAAGAAUAUUAGAAACAUAUUUCAAUAUAAUUCAGCCCAGGGAACCUCCGGCACUAAACAACCACAACAAUAAACAUAUAGUUGAAUAAACAUAUCUCGGAAAGUUUAAACAAAAACUGGCUAUAAGAUUUGUUAGGAUGGAAUAUGUGGCAGAGAUGUUGUAUUGGACUGAGUUAGAUUAUAUACAGUAUGUGUACCUAAUAGAGUGACCAGGGGUUGCAUCUGCAAAUACAACUAAUUGUCAUGUGUGCCGAGUUCUGAGUAUGUCAACAUGUGUUCUUAUUUGCUAGAAAUGCUCACAUUAUUAGUUUAUUUAUUUAACAUUUUGUUAUACAUGUCUUAGAUUUAUGUAAGCGAUGCACUGUAUAAUCAUUCUUAUUGUAAUACAUGUAAAUGUAUACCGUGAGCUUGCAUAAAUACCAUUAUCAUUUGUAUACACACAUUUUCAUAAGCAACCACACACUGGCAUGAGGCUGCAGUUUCAAUGUUUGCUUAGUCUUGCUUUAUUUUAUUUUUAGGUGGGGAGGGGUGGGGGUGUUAUUUCUUUUUGUGUGUUGUUCUUCCUGUGUGCAUACGAAUUUAAACACAGAGGUUUUCAACUGGAUGCUGCAAAUUACUUAGGCACUAGUGUUUUUUUUAAAAGGUUCAUACUACAACAUCUCCACAUAAUCACAAUGCAUUUAUGUACUUAACAUUUGUGCACAGUCAUUGCCGGUCAGUACAUUUUUGUUGCAUGGAUUUUACAUACAGUAUAGCAUAACUAUAUGUCAAAUUCAUUCACUAUAUGGUGUCAGAAUAAUUUAAAAUAUGUGACAUGUAUGGAUACAUAGUUAACUAGGCUACUGCUAAUACGUUUCUCAAAUGAAUGGUGUCAAUUACUUACAAUGUAUGUUUAGUUAUUCAUCCGACUGGGGCAAUUAAAACAUUCAGAGAGUGAUACCGUGCCACAGCUUCAUACUUCGAGCAGAACAACUAACUACAGACGGGCGGAGUUUGUCCCAACAUCUAAUAACCCCGUCCAUGCGGCACACUCCGCGCAGAAAAGGAGCGCUUCAGUGACACAUUACGUCGCAGACCAGACUAGCUGCGUUUACUUUGAUUUGGGAUGUUGUAGCUAGCUGCUUCUCUUCUCAACUGAGGAAUCAGCGGAAAAAGCAGCAGAGAAAUGUCUUCUCCAGGUCAAGCAGACGAAGAUGAGUUGGAAGAAGAAGACGUGGAGUUUGUAUCAGAGGGCCCUCUCAAACCAGUAUUGGAAUGUAUUGAUCUGCUGAGUGAUAGUGAGGAUGAGGGCUGUUCAUCAUUAGCAGGAGGGCUUGAAGAUAAAAUCACCCGCCACAAAGCACGUGUUACAUCUACACUGGACAGACUAGCACACCAGGUGGCCCUAGAGAAAAAGGAACGAGCAGAUAAAUGUAGAGCAUUCAAGGAGAAGCAAAUCUUACAAAGAGCUCAUGGACAACAGGAGCUGGCUUUUAGUUCUGCAAAUGGAAUUAAUCAGGAAGCAAAGCGCUGUGUAGACAUGUGGUUAAAGAUGCCAGGUCUUCAACCCGGAAUGAUCGGUGCUGGCUCUGGAAGAAGGCACAGACCUGCGUCUUUCCCCAUUAAUAGUUCAACUAGACACACGUGUCCAGUGAUUAGCUGUGGUCGAAUUUAUGACAAUGCGUCCCUCCUUGAUGGGCACUUAAAAAGGUUUGAUCAUUCCCCUUGUGACCCAGCUAUCAAUCUGAAGGGGAGUCCAUCUGACCUCUUUGCCUGUGUUGCCUGUGGUCAACAUUUUCAAACCAAAGAAGCAUGGAGGAAACACCUCGAAACUAAGGCGUCCUCAUCUGCUGCUGAUAAUCAUAGCAUCACUCAGACCUAUCAGCGCAUUGUGUGUUUUGCCUGUCCUGCCUGCUACCUCCUCUUCAACCUCCGAGAUGAGUGUCUGCAGCACAUGUCAGCCAAAAACCACUUCACAGAGACACUCACCAUGAGUGAACCCAGAGGAAGAGCACUGCCUGUUCCUCUCCCACAAUAUGUUAAGAAUCGCCUCAUUGCUUUGUGCAAGGAUGUGGCGUUCAAUGUCCGAUGCUCUUUAUGUCACAAAGUACUGAUCUCACACCAGGCAGCUCAAGCUCACUUUAAUGUGCACUGCAGACAGGGCUGUGCGGUGGCCAAGGCUGAUAAAACAAUAGCGCAGGUCAUGAAACAGCUGCAAGUGCGAGGGCAGUGCUCCCUCUGCUGCAAAAUCUUCCUCAGCCAAGCUGAAAUUGAGAGACACAAAGAAUCGACCCAGCAUGAUGUGGAGGUCAACCUAGCAAUGGAGAAAGCACUUCUUCAGCACUGCAGAUUUGGUGAAAUUCAACACAGCCAGAGCGCUAAAGAGGCACAAGGGAAAAGACUGCAUGGCCUUGAAACAUCUUUUCAGAAAAGAAUCCGGAAGGAAAACGAUUGUGAAAAAUUUCCAGCCAAGCGGCAGAGACUUAGCCCGACUCUGCAUGACAGCACUAGCAGAAACCUAGCAACAGCAUGGUACUGCGAGUGCGGUCUACAGUUCUCAGAGGAGGCUGCAGCCAGUAAGCAUCUCCUGGCUGUGAACCAGAUUUUCCAUCAGUGUGGUGUGUGUGGGAAACACAUGGGAGAGUCUUCAAUUACCCGCCUGCAUAUGAGUCGCUUUCAUGGGGGAGCUCAUCUCUCCAACUUCCUCUUCUACUGCCGCAAGUGCAAGGUGGAAAUGCCCCGGUAUGAAGAUAUCCUGUCGCAUGUGUCAGAAGCUCACAGCGGUCACACCUACUUCACUGAACAAGAAGUGCCUGAGGAGGCUGUCACAGUCAUCGAUGACAAGCCCUCCACCAGCCACGAAGUCCGGCGACAUUCAUCGUCCAAGUCCACAGUCCAGCAGAACAUAGCAGAGCCACCUCCUCCAAAAGCAGAGCAGACUUGGAUGUGCAGGAUGUGCGAGGACAUCUUUGACUCGGAAGCGGCCGUCCAUGAGCACUGCAGCGACGUGAGCAGUCACAGCUUUCAGAGGUUCAUCUGUGGACAUUGUCCACAGAAGUUCUUUAAAGUGUCCACUGUGCGUAGACACUGUAUGAAUGAGCACGAUGGGCAGAUAAAGAGCUCCCACUUCUGCGGCCUGUGUGACAGCAUGCAGUUGGAAUCUGAAAGCGAGUUCUUGGCGCACUACAAGAGUCUUCACAGUAAGGACUACUACUGUAUGGAUGAUGCUGACGUUGUUCAGCCAGCCAUUGCUGAAAGCACCAGUCAGCUUACAUGCCCAUGCAUGGGCUCAGAAAAGCGCAAAGAGGAAAUGAAGGCUACAUAUACACAGUGCAUGAGGAAUCUGGCCGCCGAAGGGAAAUGCCAGUAUGUGUGUACUCCUUGUGGUGUAUCUGUGCCGUCCUAUGCACAGAUGAAGACUCACGUCCACACAAAACAUGCAGCCUUGAAUCUGGAGAAGACGUUUGAUGUAGAGUGCGAAGCUUGCCAGGCGAGUUUUGCGGGUGUACCAAGUUUCCAUAAACACUAUCACUCCCAACACUGUACACUGCAACCCUGCAUUAACUCCAGGACCUGCAAGAAAGAAGUGAAAGCAGAACCCGCCACUGUAAACAUACUGAGUGCUGUGGAGAUCGAACCAGACAACAAUGAAGUUUCAGAUGACGAGAUGAAGCAUGCUCUGUCUGUGAUUGAUGAAGAAGCGAGAGAAUCAGCAGAGUUGGAAGAAGCACUUAAAAGAAGUCUUGUGGAAUACUAAUGACCUGAAAACUUUUUGUGACACAGUUCAUGAGACAUAUUGUAAUGUUUUGUACAAGGUAAUUGUAUCAGAAUAUAUUAAAUAAAUGUUAGUUGUUA